AUGCAUGGCCCCAGCUGGCUGGGUGCUGUGCUCUUCCUGGGGGUGCAGCUCCGAGCACUGUGGCCCGCUGGAGCUGUGGAAGUUUACACUUCCAAGGAGGUGGACGCUGUGAACGGCACUAACCUGAGGUUGAAAUGCACCUUUUCCAGCAGCAGCCCUGUCAGCCAGGAGCUGUCGGUGACCUGGAACUUCCAGCCCGAGGACCUGAGCUCUCAUGAGCCAGUACUUUAUUACCUGAAGGAGCCCUACAAGCCUCCCGCUGGGCGGUUUAAAGAGCGAGUCACCUGGGAUGGGAAUAUUGAGCGUAAUGAUGCUUCCAUCAUUAUCUGGAAUUUGCAGCCCACCGACAACGGGACGUUCACCUGCCAGGUGAUGAACCCACCAGAUUUUCAUGGCGCGAUUGGUGAAGUGCGACUCAGAGUCGUGCAGAAAGUGCAUUUCUCAGAAAUCCACUUCCUGCUGGUGGCCAUUGGGUCCGCCUGUGUUCUGAUGAUCAUUGUGGUGACAGCCGUGAUCAUCUGUCGGCACCGUCGGAAGAAAGCGCAAGAGAAGAUCAAGGUGGCAGACACUGAACUUAGAGAAAAGGAGAAUCUGAAGGUUAGAGAAGAAAAGGAAGCCAUUCCAUUAGAAGACUAG